AACACUAUUUUGGUCCACUUGGGAUACUAAACCUAGCUAUAAAUUAUGCACCUUACAUAUCCCCCCCUCUUCAUCAGCUCUUGCCAUUAGGGUUUUCCGCACUCGAGAAGCAGCUAAGCCCUAUUUUCUCCUUCAGUCGCAGCCAAAGCAAUGUCGAAGAGAAGGACCAGGGAGCCCAAGGAAGAGAAUGUCACUCUUGGACCUGCCACUAGGGAUGGAGAACUAGUGUUUGGAGUGGCCCACAUCUUUGCCUCAUUCAAUGACACCUUCAUUCAUGUGACUGAUUUAUCUGGAAGGGAAACUAUGGUUCGCAUUACAGGUGGAAUGAAGGUGAAAGCUGAUAGGGAUGAAUCCUCCCCAUAUGCAGCUAUGCUUGCAGCUCAAGAUGUUGCUCAGAGAUGCAAGGAAUUGGGGAUUAAUGCUCUUCAUAUUAAGCUUCGUGCUACCGGAGGCAAUAAGACUAAGACCCCUGGUCCUGGUGCUCAAUCUGCACUUAGAGCCCUUGCUCGUACGGGCAUGAAGAUUGGUCGGAUAGAGGAUGUAACUCCAAUUCCAACUGACAGCACUAGGAGAAAGGGUGGCAGAAGGGGAAGGAGACUGUAAUCUGCCCCUUGUCAGGGUACCUGCGGUUCUGUUUGGGAUGUUUUCUGGGGUUGCAAAUUUUGUUAUUUAGUAUUUGAAGAAUUUUUAGUUUAAACAUGAAUGAUUCUGGUGUUUGAUCAUGUGGACGCCAACAAUUAAGAGAUAGUGAAUUUUUGGGAACAUACUUAUGCCUAUUAUCUUUUGUUUUGUAUGAAAUUUAGCAGUUUUGGAUUCUGUUAUUGGGUGAUGUCUAUGAGCAUUAUGUUGCAUUAUGAAA